UAUAGUUUGCAAAGAAGUCACGUCCACCCCUCCCUCUGCUUUCUCUCCUCUCCAUCUCCCCCAUGCAUGUGCCGCCUUUGCACAAAGAAUGCACCGAGGGGGGGCAAAAACCCCAAAUGCUCAAUGUCAUGGACAGGAAUGAGGUGUCACCUGCGCCUGGUGCCACCGUGAUGAAGAACGCGGCGUACCCCAGCGGAGGCGCACACAACGCCGCCAAAUGCGCAGGGAGCCAAGGCGGUCAAAUGUGUCCGGAGUCUCCCCGUCUGAGCUCCAAGGAGAAGGACGAGUCGGAGGGCGGGAAUGACGAGGGCAUGUUUCCGCAUUCGCGUGUGCGUCGAGCCGGGUGGAGCCGUGGAGGAGGAAGAGGAGGAGGCAGCAUUGGGAUGAAAAACUUUACGCCAGGAGGGGGAGCCGCGUCCUCGGCUUCCAGGAGGCACUCCGACAAGGAGCCCUGUCUCCCUCACGCAGAGGACGCUCUUGCUGCCUCACGGCCCACUGCUACCUCCGGAGCCACGGAGACCCGCGGACCUCACCCGGGCGAUGCUGCCCAGCACGGCGAGAGCUGCAGAGCAUCUGGGGCGGAGGCGUCGGAACCGGCGGCCGUCGCGGUAGACACAGCGGACGCGGCGGCGACGGCGGGUGAUGGUGGCAACAGCGGCGUUCCCAUUUCCAGCAUGAAAUGCAACAAAAACGGAGAAUGCAGGAGGGACUCCGGCACCGGGAGCCUGCGCUCGAUCAUCUCCAAGCAGGAGAAGCCGAGGGCCGAGGAUGGAGGGAGCGCCAAGCGCGGAGCGUGUAACUCGACCACCGCCAGCAUGGACGGCUCCAUCACGCCAGGCGGGUCCCUAGCCGGGGGCCACGGAGGCGACAGCGUCAACCCCGGAUCGAGCGGGGUCCCCGAGAAGAAGGACUCCAAGGUGUCUUUCUCCAACGCGCCCAGCCGGAAAGCCUCGUCGUCCCUGCACGGGCCGAGCCAGACCCCGCAGCCCAGGAACUCUGUCACUUUCCAGAAGCCCGAGGACGGACCCCAGAUUGUGCCGGCCGAGGAUGCGGAGCCUCUGGGCAGCCAGGCCAGCUUCAUGCAGAGGCAGUUCAGCAGCAUGCUGCAGCCGGGAGUUAACAAAUUCUCCUUGCGUAUGUAUGGCAGCCAAAAGGCUGUGGAGAGAGAGCAGGAGAGGGUCAAAUCAGCCGGAAAUUGGAUUAUCCACCCUUACAGUGAUUUCAGGUUCUACUGGGAUUUUACAAUGCUGCUGUUUAUGGUGGGCAACCUGAUCAUCAUCCCCGUGGGCAUCACCUUCUUCAAGGAAGAGACCACCGCGCCCUGGAUCAUCUUCAACGUGGUCUCGGACACUUUCUUCCUGAUGGACCUGGUGCUCAACUUCCGCACGGGAAUCAUCAUCGAGGACAACUCCGACAUCAUUUUGGACCCUGAGACCAUUAAGAAAAAGUAUCUAAAGACCUGGUUCAUAGUGGACUUCAUCUCAUCCAUCCCGGUGGAUUACAUAUUCCUCAUCGUGGAGAAGGGAAUGGAUUCGGAGGUGUACAAGACGGCUCGAGCGCUGAGGAUCGUCCGCUUCACCAAGAUCCUGAGUCUUCUGAGGCUAUUGAGGCUCUCCAGAUUAAUACGCUACAUUCACCAAUGGGAAGAGAUCUUCCAUAUGACCUAUGACCUGGCCAGUGCUGUGAUGAGGAUCAUUAACCUGAUUGCAAUGAUGCUGCUGCUGUGUCACUGGGACGGCUGCCUACAGUUCCUGGUUCCCAUGCUGCAGGACUUCCCAUCUGACUGCUGGGUGUCCCUCAACAAAAUGGAGAACGACACCUGGUCUGAGCUCUACUCCUUUGCCGUCUUCAAGGCCAUGAGCCACAUGUUGUGCAUCGGUUACGGCCGCCAAGCCCCGGAGAGUUUGUCCGACAUCUGGUUGACCAUGCUGAGCAUGAUCGUGGGAGCCACGUGCUACGCCGUCUUUAUUGGCCACGCCACGGCUCUCAUCCAAUCCCUGGACUCCUCCAGACGGCAAUAUCAGGAGAAGUACAAACAAGUGGAGCAGUACAUGUCCUUCCACAAACUGCCAGCCGACUUCCGCCAGAAGAUUCACGACUAUUACGAGCAUCGAUACCAGGGCAAGAUGUUUGAUGAAGAGAGCAUUCUGGGUGAACUCAGUGAGCCGCUCAGAGAGGAAAUUGUCAACUUCAACUGCCGCAAACUGGUGGCAUCCAUGCCGCUCUUUGCCAACGCGGAGCCAAACUUUGUCACGGCCAUGUUGACAAAGCUGCACUUCGAGGUAUUCCAACCACACGAUUACAUCAUAAGGGAGGGCACCAUCGGGAAGAAAAUGUACUUCAUCCAGCACGGAGUCUGCAGCGUCAUCACCAAAGGCACCUUGGCCAUGAAACUCUCCGACGGCUCCUAUUUUGGAGAGAUCUGUUUAUUGACGAGGGGUCGACGGACGGCCAGCGUUCGAGCAGAGACGUACUGUCGACUCUACUCUCUGUCUGUGGACCACUUCAAUGAGGUGCUGGAGGAGUAUCCCAUGAUGAGACGAGCCUUUGAGACCGUGGCCAUUGAUCGCUUGGACCGCAUUGGUAAAAAGAAUUCCAUCCUGAUGCACAAAGUUCAGCAUGACCUCAACUCCGGCGUUUUCAACAACCGCGAGAACGAGAUGAUCCAGGAGAUCGUCAAGUACGACCGCGAGAUGGUGAAGCCUAUGGACCUGCAGAGGCCGCGAGCCAUGUCGAUGACACCCUCCAUCGGUGGCAUCUUCGCUCCCCCGGGCCAGUCCCAGACGGGCUCGGCCAUCGCCACCCUGCAGCAGGCGGUGGCCAUGAGCUUCUGCCCGCAAAUGGCGAGUCCUCUAGUGGGGCCAGGGACUCUGCAGUCUCCUCGUAUGGUGCGAAGAUUCCAGGUGAUGCAGAGCUUGCAAAGCCCCGUCUCCAUGUCUCCUCUUCAGUCUCAGCCCCCUCAGACGCUCGGAGGGGCGUUCGGUUCGGCCAUCUCCAGCCCGCCAGUCCAAAGCCCCUUAGCAGCUUCGGGACGGACUUUCCAGUACAUGGCGAGCGCGGGCCCUUCGGGGUCCCAGUUGUCCUUAGUGCAACACCACGUACCCAGUCCCACACACACCCAGCAGAGGCCUGCCUCACACAAGAGCACCCACUCCCUUCAUACGGGGAGCUUGAGCCAGGACACCCGUGCACUGUCUGCCUCCCAGCCUUCGCUCCCCCAGGAGGGAGUGCCCCAAGCUGCAUCCACCGCCCCCAGCCCCGCACCUUCGACCCGCACCUCCAAUACCUCCAUCGGCCCCCCUCACCCUAACCUUCCUGGGCCCUCCGGGGUGGGGAGACCGGCGGGCACUCAACAGAGGGUAGCCUUCGCCUCCACACCUCCUCCCGGUGGACCUGCCGCGGGAUCAGGGCCUCCGGACUCUGGCGUUCCCAAGAAAGAUUCAAUUGUCAGCCUUCCGGAGCUAGACUCUGCCAGAUCCCGGCUGUCUUCCAACUUGUGACCCUGGUCGAUUUCAGGAAAGAGGCCUUUUUUGUAGGUGUUUGCUUUGGGUCAGUCCCACUGAUCCGUGGUCAGCCUGCUAAAUGACCAAUGGGCUGUUGAUGACGCCGCCUGUCAUUGGGCCUGGAUGCUGGUGUCGACUGAAGGAGAAGUGUCUCCACAUCCUGGGACUGCGGCGAGGACACAUCUAUACAAUGAAACUAGUAUAACUUAAGGUGGAGCUGGUCUAGUCUACCGUGCCAGCACCUUUUAUUCUUAGUAUCACCCCUUACACUCUGCUUCCAAACACCUACUGUAUAUCGCUGUCUUUAACUGUAAAGAUAUUUAGAAACAUACAAUUAAUGUAACAUUUGCAUACUGUGUAGAAUCCAUGCGAUGCAAUCUAGCAGGAGCUGGACUUGAAAAUGAAAAUCAGGGACUCGAAGUCAAACGACAAUGACAUUUUAAAUGUUUAAGUGUUUCUUUUUUUCGUUCUUUUUUUCUCCGAAUAAACCAGGGGUGUCAAACUCAUUUAAUCCCAGGGGCCGCAUGGAGGAAUAUAUAUUCCCAGGUGGGCCGGACUGGUAAAAUCAUGGCAUGAUAACUUAAAGAUAAAGACAACUUCAAAAUAGUUUUCUUUGGCCAAAAAUAGAACAAGCAUAUUCUGAAAAUGUACACAUGACAAAUAAUCCUUUUGGCAAAAACACUUCAAGUUAGUGGAAAACCCUGAGGAAGAAAUUGGUGCCGUUUCCAAAACACCAUGAACUUAGACUAUGUCACAGUGUUUUUACAAAGCCAUUUCACUUUAAGCAUUUCCUGUUCAACAUUAUCAUGUUGGCAGUUCAUUAAAGACGUGUUUGGAAAAGCAACAGAGUGUUUCCUCAAACCACCACAUUGGUGUCAUCCAGAACUGCCACAACACAUUAAUUUACCAACAUUCAAAUAUUACAAUUAUAAUAUAAUGAAAAUAAUGAUCAAAAUUGCACCAUAAUAGCCGUAUUAAAGGUAGCAUAACUACAAAUGUAACCAAUGUGAACACGGUAGAUUUAAUCAUAAAAUAAAAUGGAACAAACAACAAAUGUAGAAACACACAUUUUUACAAUGGAUUUCAGGGUGUGCAUCGUGCCGUCAACAAACUGCGAGCGCUGCGCAGAAAUCUAACUACAAAGAUGAUGGUCAUGUUGACUUUGCAUUUUACUGUUUCAUUAUUUUUAUCUGUUGAGUAGAUAAUUUACAAUUAAAUAAAACGUAUUGUGCGUUGCUAGAGCAAUAGUCUGUUGCCAGCCACAAUGGACGCUGAUUGGAGUAGCAGCAGCCAAUCCAGAGGGCGCUUAAAGUCAGCUGACACGUCAUUUUUAAACACUGUCAUGUGUGAUGUGGGUUACACUUGAAUUGCUAUUGCGACAUCCAGUGGACACAUUAAGAACAGCAGUUUAUUUCAUUAAAAAAAUUGCAGCUCAUGUAAAACUUAAACUUAUUUUGCGGGCCGUGGGCCGGAAUAAACCUGUUCGCGGGCCUGAUACGGCCCCUGGGCCGUACGUUUGACAACCCUGGUAUAAGCUGUCGUAGCAAAAUAACACACCGCUCUCCAUAUGGUUUCAAAUAGUCGUAGUGUCGUAGACCGCUGGUCGAUCUUACAUGGACGUUGUAAAUAACCCAGGACAAAUCGUACGGAGGAAUACUCUAUUCAUUGUAUCUAACCCAAACCAAAGUUGAGCUUGAACACAAAGUCCGGUUGUGUCUGUAUCAACUAAAAAAAAAGAAACGUAGAAGAAGAAGAAGAAAAAAAAAAACGCCAUUUAUUUAACUGCCUUGAUUCAACGUUAGAAGCCAUAUAUUUGGUUUGUGUGUUUGUAUAUACAUGUGUGUGUGUGCGUGUGUUUUGGUUUUCGGGGCGUUCUAUCUCUCUCACUCGGCUAUGUCAGGGCCGAUUAGCUUGACAUGCUGACGGCGGCGCUGACCGCUUCGAAACAUCUGCUCGGCGUUCUGAUUGUAAAGCCUGGAGGCCGCGGCGCUUAAAUGAUCUCAGCUUUAUGGGAAAAAGGAGACCUUUGCAUAUUUGUGUACUUGCUUGUUUUUGUCUAGGUUGAUUAAUUUAUUAACACAUGCAAUAUAAAUCUGCAAUACUCUACCCUGCCUAUAUAUAUAUGUAUAUAUAUAUAUAUAUAUAAAUAUAUAUAUGAAUAUAGAUAUAUAUAUAUACAUAUGCUGUACAGGAAAGUGAUUUUCUUUUCUUUUUUUAUGUGAACUCUAAAGGAAUCCAGCAGCUGUUGUGGCUUCACUUGAGGUAUUGUAAUCCAGUGACCAUGUUGUUACCUUAACCAAAAAUAUUUGAGGGGACCAGAGGGAAGAAAAACAACAUUUAGAAGAAAAAAAAACAGAUGGAACAAGUCGGUGCAAGGAUCCACACUUUGACGAGAAUGUCACAUUAACGCCCAGGGAGUUCACUUUUUACAAAACCCAAAACCAGUCAAGUUGGCACGUUGUGUAAAUGGUAAAUAAAAACAGAAUACAAUGAUUUGCAAAUUAUUUUCCACUUAUAUUCAAUUGAAUAGACUGCAAAGACAAGAUAUUUAAUGUUCGAACUGAGAAACUAGAUUUUUUUUUGCAAAUAAUUAACUUAGAAUUUAUUGGCAGCAACACAUUGCAACAAAGUUGCCACAGGGGCAUUUUUACCACUGUGUUACAUGGCCUUUCCUUUUAACAACACUCAGUAAACAUUUGGGAACUGAGAAGACACAUUUUUGAAGCUUUUCAGGUGGAAUUCUUUCCCAUUCUUGCUUGAUGUACAGCUUAAGUUGUUCAACAGUCAGGGGUCUCUGUUGUCGUAUUUUAGGCUUCAUAAUGUGCCACACAUUUUCAUCACAGAUGCUGGCUUUUCAACGUUGUGCCUAGAACAAUCCGGAUGGUUCUUUUUCUCUUUGUUCCGGAGAACACAACGUCCACAGUUUCCAAAAACAAUUUGAAAUGUGGACUCGUCAGACCACAGAACACUUUUCCACUUUGCAUCAGUCCAUCUUAGAUGAGCUCGGGCCUAGCGAAGCCGGCGGCGUUUCUGGGUGUUGUUGAUGAAUGGCUUUGGCUUCGCAUAUUAGAGUUUUAACUUGCACUUACAGAUGUAGCGACGAACUGUAGUUACUGACAGUAGUUUUUUGAAGUGUUCCUGGGGGAUAUCCUUUACAGACUGAUGUCGCUUUUUGAUGCAGUACUACCUGAGGGAUGGAAAGUCACGGGCAUUGCCGCUCACAUGCAGUGAUUUCUCCAGAACUCUGAACCUUUUGAUGAUAUUCCGGACCGUAGAUGGUGAAAUCCCUAAAUUCCUUGCAAUAGCUUGUCUAGAAAUGUUGUUUUUAAAGUGUUGGACAAUUUGCUCACGCAUUUGUUCACAAAGUGGUGACCUUCGCCCCAUCCUUGUUUGUGAAUGACUGAGCAUUUCCUGGAAGCUGCUUUUAUACCCAGUCAUGGCACCCACCUGUUCCCAAUUAGCCUGUUCACCUGUGGGAUGUUCCAAAUAAGUGUUUGAUGAGCCUUCCUCAACUUUCUCAGUCUUUUUUGCCACUAGUGCCAGCUUUUUUGAAACAUGUUGCAGGCAUCAAAUUCCAAAUGAGCUAAUAUUUGCCAAAAAUAACAUCGUUUUC